AUGGCUGGCGGCGCGCCUCGUGAUCCGGGACAAGGUGUCGGCAACGGCUUCUUCGCGCAGGACGGGAGACUUUUUCUGAAAUCGAUGAACCGUCUCCAAGAGUCUGGGAAUACGGUGCAAAGCCAUGCCGUUUCUUUCACCAAUAGGUUUUCCGAGGCUAUUUCGAUGGGCGUUUCCACCUUCAACUCGUCACAAGGGGCGGUCAAGGAAGUGUGCGAGUACGUGAACCGUAUGAAGGGAAUGGCCACCAACAUCCAGCGCACCUAUGGAAUCAUUGGCCCGGACCUGAGGAACCUGCCGCCGAUCCCGGAAAUGGCGCCCGAGUACGUGCCGCCUGUGCGCAUCUUCAACAACAGUUUUCUGAAGACGAUGGUGCUGGCCCGUAUCAUUAAGCGGGCUCAGUACAGGCCGAUCUGCCCGUGCGCGACCCAGUUGCAGCAGUCCAUGGCUGCCUUCAACACCUACCUGCGCGCCAUUGGUCGCUCGCAGCGUGCUCUGACCGAGGCGAUCAGGGAAAGCCAGGAGUUAACCACCGCGCUGCAGCAUCAUCAGACGCAGUUGACCACGGUGGCCUCCGAGAUGGGUGACGUCGUGACCCUGUAUACCAACUUCGUGACCUGGUAUGACACCGCCCUGGCUACCCAUCUGCACAUCCGCUCCGAGAGUGCCGACCGAAUUUGCCGUUGCGACCUGGCUGACGCCGGAAUCGUGGAUGACGACCCGGCCGAAGAGAUGGCUGAGCGUGUGGAUGGCGAUGCUCUCUCCGAGGCCGAGGAUCCCCAGCCGACGGAUGCCGACGUCCACAGCGACGACGAGUCGUCCUGCCGUACCGCCAAUACC